AUGCCCCGCCGACCCUCGCCCAUCCGCAGGCGCGUCCAGACCUUCAUCAAGCGCCUCUCUGGCGGCAGCUUCCACGCCUCCGACAACGACGGUGACGAAGACGAAAACCCCUUCGCCGACCCCGUCAACCCCUUCGCCGACCCCCCCACCAUUACCGAGCUCGUCGAAGCCGAGCUCGCGGUGUUCACGGAGAUCGUGGCGGACAUCUACAACCGGCCGCACCACACCACGGUGCCCGAUAUUAGUGCAGAGCUGGAUCUACGCUUGGACCUGUUGAAGAGGGGUGGCAAGAGCAAGGAUAAGAUUGCGAAGAUGCUGAGGAAGGAAGUGGUUGGCAGCGAGCUGAGGGCGAGGGUUGAUGUGCAGAGACAUAGGUUUAAGGAUGCGAAGGAUCGCGACUUGGUGUUGAGGUUGGAGACUGUGGGUUUUUUCUGA